CCCAAAACAAACCCCUCACAAAAUCCUUUUUACGACCACGACUGCGAUGAUGUUCACGACCUUCAAGCUCAUGCUGGCCCUCUUCGUUUCGCUGUUCGCCUCCCUCGCCGCGGCUCUGCCCGUCAGCCUAGAGCCCCGCGACGUCUACGUGCCUCCCGUCCUUUACCCUCACGCGGGCACCGUCUGGAAGGUUGGAGCCCACCACAACGUCACCUGGGAUGUGUCCGACCCUCCCGUCAACAUUACCAACAAGUUUGGCAUGAUCGUUCUCGCUAAGAAUGGAAUCGCAUUGGACCUUGACUCUCCCCUUGCCGCGAACUUCUCUAUUCUCGAUGGACGCCACGUCAUCCAAGUCCCCAAAGUGACGCCGGCCAGCGAUUACCAAAUUUUGCUGUUCGGAGACUCGGGCAACCUCUCGCCUGAGUUUACCAUCACGGCCUAAAACAUUAACCAAGGGUCCCGAUGGCCCGACUUGCCGCAACCCCUGACCAGGACGCGCAAGUUCCGAUAUGAUGGACGCUCAACCCAGUUUCGAGGCCGGAAAACAAUCCACGAACUUUGAACGAACUCUCUGUACAAUCAAUGGACCUUCUUACCAGUUCGGACUGCCAUCAUGGACUUGCCGUUAAAUGUACUUUACUCGUAGCAUAUUCGUAGCAAAUCAGCAUCAUAUUCACGAUCAAAUUUCCGUUUUGCCUUC